AUGAGCGUUCAAAAAUGGAUCACGCCUCUCCAAGGCUUGGAUAGCCUUCGUCAGAUAGAAGACUCGAUGCCAUCACCCGGCCCGGGCGAGGUACUGGUCAAGAUUAACGCAGUCUCGCUCAACUAUCGAGACGUUGAAGUGACAAAGGGUGAAUAUAAGCACCACAAAACCGCCGAGCAAGACGCCACCAUCGUGCCGUGUUCGGAUAUGUGCGGCACCAUCAUCGCCGUCGGACCCGACGUAUCACAAUGGGCCAUAGGCAACCGUGUUCUGUCCACGUUUCUACCCGAGCACCAAACUGGCCAAGUGACGGAGAAUCAGCUUGCAGGAAGUCUGGGCCUCCCUUUGGAUGGCGUCCUCGCUACUCACCGCAUCUUCCCCGCACAUGGAUUGGUCUUAGCUCCUGCAUUCAUGUCUGAUGAGGAAGCAUGCACAUUGACAAUCGCCGCACUGACGGCCUGGAUGUCUAUCAAUGGUAUGCGACCAAUGGGACUUAAUGGCGGCAAGGACGAGUACAUCCUGCUCCAGGGGACUGGGGGUGUAGCCAUAGCAGGAUUACAAAUCGCCAAGGCUUCUGGGGCUAAAGCGAUCAUCACAUCCUCAUCCGAUGCAAAGUUAGAUCGAGCCAAAAAGCUAGGUGCCGACUUUACAAUCAACUACCUCACCACUCCGAACUGGGAAGCAGAGGUAAUGAGAUUCACGGAGAACCAUGGCGCCGACAUUAUUCUUGAGACCGGCGGAGCGCAAACACUGAGAAAGAGCUUUGACUGCAUUGCGUUUGGUGGCCUGAUCGACUGUAUUGGCUACGUGUCGGGCAAAGUAGAUGCAGCCGAUGAUCGGCUCAAUGUGAACUUAUUGGCUCUGCGACGCACAGUGACCCUCAAAGGCAUCAUAAACGGCCCCAAGGAUCGGUUUGAAGAAAUGAUUCGAUUCUACGAGAAGAACCAGGUUCACCCGGUGGUUCAUCAGGUGUUUUCCUUCGCUGAGGCUAAGGAGGCUUUCAAGUUCUUAGAAAGUGGCAGUCAUUUUGGAAAAGUGGUCAUCAAAGUCCAGUCUUAG